GACGCCUACACAUUUGUUCCAGCGACGGCUAGUGGGGACAUUUUAAAUUAGCAAACUGUGCUAAAGCGGUCGGAAAGUCGAGAACACAGCAGUUAUUUUAUACAAAUUUCAUUUUACUCCAUAUUUCCCCCAUGAAUGUGGUAGUACGAGCCUGAGAUGUUACAGGGAACACACACAUGAGGACACAUUUGAAGCAGGUCAGCCGCCCCUGUUUAUCGACUAGCAACUGCCACUUCAGAGACUCCGCCCCUGGCCCCGCCCUCCAGAGAUGACUGAUGCCCAGAAGGCCAACGAGCUCCCUCAAUGCCCCACAGAGGGCGGGGCCACAGAGGAGCAGAUGCCCCUGAGACCAGAGACCACACCCACCAGCUCUCCAGCUUGUGAAGAGCCAAUCAGCUCUCAGAGUCCUGACAAACAGCCAACCCCUGGCUUGCUCUCCAUGCCCUGCUUGUUAAAGGAGCUUCAUAGAGACUCCGCCCCCGGGCAACCGCAGGAAACGGAUCCGCCCCCGACCGCGGCCCAGUCCUGCCCGCGGGAAGACAGCGAUUCCUCCGUCUGCCUGCGGUCGCCCUCCUCUUCCGGUCACCUCGGAGACUCCGACACGCUUUCGUCAGCGGAGGAAAAGGCCACGCCCGCCCAGACGGCCGGAAAAAAGUCAAGACGCUCGCAUUCUGAGAGCGACACGUCCACCAUCGCAAUGGCAGCUAAGAAGAACCGUUGCCAGGAGAAGCAGGUGAACGGACGUGUGCGUGUCAGAGGCCCGCGUAGCCAGCGGCAGAAGCUACGCAUGCGACAGCUCCGGCAGAAGCGGGAGGCGGCGGCGAGACGCAAACCCGACGUGCUCCAGGACAGCAGCACCAGCGACAGCGACAUCACGGCCCACUCUUCAUCAUCCUCGCCACUAACGGCCUCGUCCGACAACGAGGGAGAGACAAUCAACUCUCACGCACCAGUGCUGAUGCAUGACAUUCCACCAUUUGAACAAAUGCAGAUUAAUUGGAGGGAAAUUAUACCAGCUGGCCAUCGCCGAGCCGACGCUUCUGGAGCAUCAGCGCAUGGGCGGGGCCAACUUGGCAUGGGCAUGGCCAGUGGAAGCCUGGGCGGAGUCUUGGAGGAAGCUCUUACGCGAUUCGCUGCGAUGCAGAGACAGACCGAGGAGCGCUUUCGCGUGUGGAUGGACAGACUGACCCGCAUGCACUCAGACGAUGACCUUUCGUCAAGCGAAAAUCCGGAAGGGCGGAGCCACGUUAGCUCGUUCCUGCCGUCGUCGGAGUCGCAGGAAACGCUGGCGGCCUAUCAAAUGGCCCGACUCAGCGCCAUCACGGUUCCUCCUCCUUCUCAGACUGCCGGGCUCAAUGGAAACGCCGAGCCAUCCGAACCUAAUGUUUAAAGACGCAAAACAACUGUGCCGACUCCAUUUGACCGCUGAAGUGGAGGCUUGGGACAAUGCACAAACUUUCUCUACAUCUCUCAUUAACCCUCUACUAAUUUUUCUUCAUCUUCAUUCAGCCUUCUACAUCUCUCUUUCUCUAUUAAAGCAUCAGUUCACCCAAAAAUUCUACAUUUACUAAUUCUCAUGUUAUUCCAAACCUAUUUGGCUCUCUUGCAUGGAACACAAAAUGUGAAUUUGAGGAAUAUCAUGAUUCUUUUCCAUUUAAUGAAGGUGAACAGUGUUUUUUGUCCUUCCUGGAGGUUGUCAUGCUUAGUCUGCAUUGACUUUUGUCAAUAAAGUUUCCACUUUUGUGUUCAAUGGAAAUAAUAGUCGUAUGGGUUUGGAACGACACGAGGGUAAGUAAAUUAUGACAGACUUUUCUUCCUUUUUUUGGUAAACUGUUUCUUUAACUUCACCUGACCUUCUGCUAUUAACAUUUUCUGUUUUAUAUUCGCAUCUCAGGGCCGCCCUCCACAGUCAGUGCCUUUGCGAUCUCAUGUCUUUGGGAGAGCCAGAUUCUCCUUUUCACCUGGAGAUUAAUCAUUUUAAAGAAUCUUUUUUUUUCUUGCCCAUAGUGUGACCGAAAGACGUUUGUUCCCAUAGAGACUUCGAAAGUUUUGCCUCGACUGCCAUGUGUCUUUUUGUCUUCAUCUGAAACACCUGGGCUGGCGUCUCUACCAAAGAACUGUUGUUUGCAUUGUGGAUUGUUUUAGGUUCUUAUUUAAUCGCUUCUUCCAAAGCGGAAUAUGCAUGACAUAAGCUGACAAUGGAGAGCUGUAAUGUAAUGACAGCCUAUACCUUGGUUUUUGUGCUGAAUACUAACCUUGGACAAACACUAAUGGAGAAAGUCACACGCAAUAAACGAAGUUGAUUCUACUACUCGACACAAUGUCUAAAGAAAGACACAUUGAUCACUGUUAUGAAUCUAUUUAAGGGUGAUUUUCACGAAAACAUGUCACAGUCCUAUUUUACCACAAAUUUGCAUUAAACAACGUAGCCUAUAUAUAGAAGUAUUGAGAUUUGAUGCAUUUUGAAAUUAUUUUCAUGACAAUUACGCACAUUUCCUCUGAUUCUCGUUACUGAAAUUAGAACCAGAUGCAUUGUUGCUUCUCACUAUAUUUUCAUUACUGUAAUAUCCUAUAAUACAAUAAUUUUUGUUUGCAUUACAACAAAUACUGAAAUAUAAAUACUUAACUAAAAAAAUUUAGUAAUAUAACCAUUUUAUGUUGAACUGACAGAUAUUUUCUUUCAUCAAAAUGUACUCAAUUGGUAUUAAAAUAAUGUUACAUUGCCAAAAUUCUUAAUAUGGAUAAAAAUAGGUUUAAUUUUACUGAAAAAUAUAAUUUUGUUUUUUUUUUGAGUUGAAAUAUGAGCUGCACAAGUUCUUUUUGUGACUCGCCCAUCAUGUGCUUCCUACACACUAAAACACACAUAGUCAAUGUUUACUGUAGUGACUGACUCGCAGAGGACUUGAAAGCUGUUUGCUGUUCUGCUUUACUGUAUAGAGUAUCUGAAGGAGAUUGUUUACGUUUUUGUGUCUUUAAGGGUAAUAACCAGCUGCCUAAGUUUAGUGUCAUAAUGUUUUUGAUGGAGGACAGAAUUUCCUCCACAGAAUUGCUAGAAACUAAGAAAUUAGUAACCAGAGAUAGAUGUCUUUAUUUGUUACAACUAUUUUUUUCUUUAUCAUUGCAUUAUUAAUACUGUCAUACUACUGCCUCACCAAACGUAAAAGUGUGCCAGGAGACGUUCAUUUGUGUUUUCAUGUCUGUGUAACACAUUGACGUGUAAUAUCUGCUCUGUCAUUAGCUGGGAAAUAAAUAUACAAGUAUUUUACCAGCA